UACACAUGUGCAGUAGUCACUAUAAAUAUUAUUGUAACGUUGCUGCAGCGUGUAGUACGGCUAUCGUUACUUGGGCAUAUCAUUGUCGCCGACGGUUUCAGACAAGGAACAGUUUCAAGUUUGUCAGGAUCUAGAAACUAUAAAACUAGAAUGGCCGCUUUUCAGACUGUGGUGCUAAUGCAUGGUCAAGUAAUAAUAUGGGUUCUCGCAGCGAGUAUAGUCAUAGACCCCGUGAUGGCUUCUGGGAACGUGGAGCUGACAGUCGGUGGCGUUAGUGCUGAGGUGGCCUUGGAAUACCGCUCGUUCACCGCCGAUUGGUGCAGACACAAUAAUCCCAAGGAUGGUGAUCGCUGGAAGUACGCAGGUAUGAUGACGCUGGAUCUGCAGAAUGUAAAGCUAAGGAAUUUAGCAAAGGCUUUAACACCGGCUAUGUGGCGAGUGGGUGGUAGUCCCGAGGACUCAGUUGUCUACGUGAUCGGCAACCCGCCGGAAUGUAACACCUCGCAAGCCAUCCGGAAGUCCUACAGUUAUCCAGGACCGCUAUGUUUGACCAUGGAGAGGUGGAAAGAAAUUCUGGAUUUCGUCGACUAUACGUCUGUUCGUCUUGUGUUUGGCUUGAACGGGUUGUAUCAACGCCAUAGCCAUGAUCAGAAUUUCAACUCGACCAAUGCGCGGGAAUUUCUCCGCUACACGUCUGAGAACUUUCCCAGCUCUGUGUACGCGUUUGAGCUAUCCAACGAGGAUAACCAUGGGCAGGCUGAUCCAGACAAACUGGCCGAAGACUUUGGCACUGUCCGCAAAUUCAUCAAUGAAUUCUGGCCAGUUGAGAGUGAGCGGCCACUGUUGUUUGGUCCGGAUGUUGGAAGAUCACGGCAUCAUCCGAAGUGGCUUCCGAGUUUCCUGACGAUAGCUGAUCCAUACUUGAAUGGAACGACCUGUCAUUCGUAUUGUAAUGCAUACACUGAAGAUCUAUGCCAGCAUGCUGUUGUAAAGCAGAGUGCGCUGGAGAAGUGUGAUGUGAACAUUACCUACAUUGCCGCGGUGGUGGACACAGUCAGUCCACACCUGCCUGUCCUGGCAGGAGAAGUCGGUCCUCACAGUCAUGGCGGUGUCAAUGCCUGCACAAACACAUUUCCUAAUGCAUUCUGGUACCUGCAGAUGCUGGGAUCGCUCUCUCAGAAAGGUGUUGUGGCAUUUGCGCGAUCCACACUGAUUGGUGGUUGGUAUGAAAUGAUACACAAGACUUCUUUCGAGCCGAAUCCGGACUAUUUUCUAGCAUUAUUCUGGGGAAGGCUAAUGGGCCGGGUUCACCUGAAAACAAACAUUGAUGGCAAUCCAUCGUCGGCUGUUCAAGGAUUUGCCAGCUGUCAAUCAUUGACCAGCGCAAGCGGCAAUAGCGGCGCUAGCGGUGGCACUGUUGCCGGUGUAACGGUUGCUUUAUACAACAAUGGGAAUUCUAUGACGGCUGAAACAGUGAUGCUACGUGGCUUGGAAUUUGGUGGGUCCGGGUCAGUGCAUUGCAUUGAAACUCAUGUACGUGCAUCUGGACCAGAUCAGUUUAGUUGGCAUGCGGAGAUGCUGCAGUCAUCAGGCAACUGGACUAAGCUGGCUGUAGGAGCUGAUGGUACACCGCUGGAGUAUGCUGGCGUGACAAUGGAAAAGUCAGCAAGUUUGCUGACAGUCGACAUGCGACCAAUGUCAUACGCGUUUGUUCACUUUCCCACCGCCAUAUGUCCUUCGCGGCAGACCCGCUGGAACCGGUCCGGUUGAUCAGGUUAACACCGCACCACCUUGAUCAGGUUAACACCGCACCACCUUGAUCAGGUUAACACCGCACCACCUUGAUCAGGUUAACACCGCACCACCUUGAUCAGGUUAACACCGCACCACCUUGAUCAGGUUAACACCGCACCACCUUGUAGCUAGCAACGCAUGUUUACUGCUGAGGAGGGCCUGCGUCACCGCCAUAUCAGUCUACACAAACUGUAUGAUGGGGACUAUGGUACGACCGGACCGUACGACCGGACCAAUUGAAAACUGCAGUUGCGGCGGCAGUCCUCAGUCCUGGAUGCUCAAACCCCACUGUACUGCUGUAUGCUUCUGGUGCUUAUUUCGAGCAAUCAACUUGAACCAAUGAUGUGGGAUACAUCUUAGUAUACAAGUACUUGACACUUGGCACUGCAGCCAUCAUACAAGAGGAGACUACCCCAUUGCCAAGCCAGCACACUGGCCCAUGUCGCCACACAACCUUUGAUCUUAACCUGCACAGUGUACCGCAUGCCCGCUACUGCUGCUACUGCUGCUGCACUGCACCGUGAAGAGAACUGCCGCGUCGUCCAGUAUCGGAAGACCAGUCAGUCAAUUCUUACUGUGGCUGCACACAGCGGCCCAAACCAAUAUUUGAAUGCUGGCAUUCAGUGAAUGGCUGCCUAAUGCAUUGCAUUCAACAAGUCACCGUGAUGCUCAGUUAUCAGGUUACAUAUCUGACAAACUCAAGUUGAACCGGGUACAACACGGGGUACCUGGCUUAACGGGCGGGUUAAUACCACAGGGUGCCCUUUGCCAGCAAUUGACGUUUUACAAGAACAUUGCCACUGCUUGUGCGUGUGAUCGUAACGGCAGCGCCUCUUAUACUGGCUUUCUGAACAGAGCAUUUCUAACAGGAAUCGACCUGACCGUGACAAAGGCUAUGUGCUACAUGAAAGGUGUGCAUGGGAGGUAAGCAUGGGAGGUAAGCAUGGGAGGUAAGCAUGCCGAGCAUCUACAACAUGUAAAUGGUCUAGUUGUGAUGCGUGACCUCCACACAUUCACAUGCUGUCACGGGGUCAUACAACUACUAGUUCCUUGACCUAAUUGAUAAGAAGAAGAACCAUGCUUGCAUACAAGUAUUAGUUACUCAAGAAUUGAGCUCUACGCAUAUGUGAGUGAAAAUGUUUCAUUCAUGUCUGUUUUUGGCUAAGACAAAUACUUCAGGAACAGUGAUGUUGGUUCUCUUCAGAUCUUGUUUCAUAAUGAUGUCGGUCCAUCUGGUUGGUGGACGUCCGUGUGGCUUUUUAAUAUCUUCAGUGUUGAAGGCCAUUUCCAUGGCUUGGCACGACGAUGCCUCUGGUCCCUCUCUGAUGAUAUGUCCGAACCAAAGUAGUCGUCGCUGACGGCAGAUGUCACUUAUCCGUUCAACGGUUGAUUGGCCUGGCGAUAGAGUGCUCUGUUAGCGAUGAUACUAUUCAUAGAUGGAUAGAAUUAUUCAGUAUGAAUUGCAAUUUCUUACGCCCCCCCCCCCCCCCCCU